AUGGUCUUACCGGACGGAGCUCAGCUGGUGGCGGGUGGGAGAAAAACGUUCGAGCUUGCUUGCAAUUGUAAGUUGCUUGCCCGAUUUGAAGGAAUCAAAUUGAACCCGAAAAAUGUGGACACGAGGCACAAAAAAGAGCUCAUAGAACAAGAGGGCGAGGCCGAUCACAAUAUCAACCUAGUAACUCCGCUGACCGCAGAUUUUGACCCGGACGCCGGCAGCUCCCGUAAAGUUAAUAGUGGUGUGGUGUGUGCUUUCUACUGCGCUCGUCGAACAUGCCAGUUGAGCGGCAAAUAUUCCACCAUCAUUUGA